AUGGGGCCCGGCCAGGGUACUUCUACCCUUCACCAGGCUACGACCACGUUGCUCGCCGCUACGAUGACCUCGAUCUCAGGUACAAGCACGGGGAAACCGACAACAUCGCCAUCGGGGUCACCGCAGGCACCAGGUGACGGGGGAAACGGGAAAUGUGAACUGCUCGGCCCCUUUGCACUGGUGAUCCAGUUAGCCCUGGGCGCCCUGGCGCUUCUGGUGCUGGUGUACAAACGGUGGAAAGAGAGGCCUCAACGACCGGUCAAAGUAUGGGCCUUUGACGUCUCCAAGCAGGUCUUUGGCUCUUCGAUGCUUCAUCUGGUCAACCUGCUCGCAUCGAUGCUCUCGGCAGGUCAGAUAUCACCAGACGCAGCCCAGACAAACCCUUGCAGCUACUAUCUACUCAACCUCGGAAUCGAUACAACUCUCGGAAUCCCCAUUCUAAUACUCAUACUUCGCGUCUUGAACCAUGCCGCAUUAUAUACCCCCCUCGCCAACCCGCCUGAAUCAAUCGAGUCUGGCCACUACGGCCGUCCGCCAAAGGUAUUAUGGUGGUUCAAGCAGUCUAUGAUCUACUUCUUUGGCCUCGUUCUUAUGAAGGCUUGCGUCCUAUGCAUUAUCUACUGGCUCCCAUUCAUCGUCCUGGUCGGUGACUGGGCCUUGCGUUGGACGGAAGGCAACACAGCCGUACAGAUCUUCUUCGUCAUGCUGCUCUUCCCCGUUAUCAUGAAUGCAAUACAGUAUUACAUCAUCGACAUAUUUAUCAAAAAGCGUGCCUUUGAGCACGAACCCAUUCGGGAAGAGAGUGAGCACGACUUCGACUCCGCUUCUAUAAACAGUGAUAGGCAUCGGCGCAGUGCUCUGCUCGCCGGGCUAGAUGACGAUGACUCUGCUUCCAGUGACGACGAUGUCGCUAAUACCGCGCAUGUCAUCUUUUCAGACAACGAGGAUGACACUAAGCCGGCUAACAGCCGAGCCGCUUCUCGUAGGCCACAUCCUUAA